CCAGUUAAGGCAGAAAGGUUCUCACAGGGAAGUUCUACUGGGCUGGUAUCUCUCUCCAUAGCUGCUGGGGUUUCUAGUGUGAUGGCGUAUCAGAAGACUACUAUGGCUCCUGGGCUCACUUUCAGGGCCUUCUGGAUUUGUUUUCUAUUGUUUGACGGUGCUAACUGUUUACCUGCCCAAAAAGGAAACCCUGUUCUGCGUAAAUAUCCAUUCCGUAACAUUGAGUCCAACAGCUAUGGAGGUAUGCCUGCCCCUUAUGGAGAUGCCUCAGGCCUCCUGAACUCUGGAGGCUUUCCAAGGUCUGGUUCGGACUCUGGCUCUGCAGCCACCAGCUACCAGUUCAGUGGAGGGAAACCAGCACCCAGCUUUGUCUCUGUGCAGAGAGAACCAGUCCCCCAAUCCCAGGAGCUUGGGCAGUACACGCAACUUGUCUCCACUCCAACUAAACCAAAGCCUAUGCCAAGCAGAUUAAGCCUCACCAAGGGUGGAACUGUCCCAAGUGAAUAUGAGCUAAGAGAAACCGUGGAGCAGGCAAACUACUCCAGUGUCUAUGACGAUCAUGUUUCUAGCCAUUCUGACUCUGCCCAGACCAGAACCUCCACAGAGCAUGAGCCCAAUGAGAUCAUCCCAGCUCCGUCCGACACCUUUGUUCAAGAGCCUGAAAAUGCUAGCACUGGUAAGGAUGUCCAAACUCCCUACAACCCUUUACAUGAGAGGCCGGCACUGAGUAGCAUUGUCAAGGAUGUCAGUUUUGCAACCAUUCAUGAUUUAAAACAAUUUGUGAAGUCUAUGAGGAACAGCUUCCUUAAGCUAGAUAUACCUUUCCAAACAACCUUUGACACUGUGCAGAAUGAACAAGUCCCCAGCAUUCAGCCACCAAGCCAAAUAUCCAAAACUAGCUAUGUCCCUAUUGAGCAAAGGCUUGCCCAAAAUGGCUACAGUUCAACCUGGGGUUUGAGAGAGCCAGUCAGUACUGGAUCCAACCAGAAUGAAUGGGUCACAACCAUCAACCUACAGCCCCAUGAGCCUCUCCAAAGCCUCAGUGCAAGGACAUCUGUCCCUGAUCCUCUCAUCUCUAUCCAAGAUCCAGCUUCGCCCAGUGGUUAUUAUGGCAGUAAAUGCCCUGAUUCUGUACCCUUGUAUCAUUCUAACAAAGUCCCUGCAGGGGAAUCUGUUUCAAAGACCUAUGGAAGCUUUUCUAAUGCUGGCUCAACCUUUGGAAACGAUGGUGGUGCUUAUAACAGUUUUGAGGCCCAGAGUGAACAAGUCUCUAAUGUCAAGCAGCCGUUCAAAGUGUCAAAAACUGGCUAUGCCCCUACUGUACAAAGGCCUUCCCCUUCCAGUUCUUCCUCUGGAAAGGAUGGACAAGCUUUGUCUUCCAACAGUGGUGGCUACCUGAGUGCCCCAAGACUCAGCCCCCCUCGCCCAUCCAUCCCAUUCCCUUAUCCCCUGGGUCAUGGGAAGACUUCUCCAUCUGAAUUCACCAAAGCCGCACAAACUGGUCAUGUCCCCAUUGUACGAAAACCUUCCCUGUCUAGACCUUUCUCUGUUCAAGGCUCUCCUAGCAGUAGUGACUAUGUGAGUACCUCAAAAGUGAAUCCAGCUAUCCAAUUUCCCAAGCCCACAAGCUACCAGCCAGGUCCCAGGAAGAUGUCUCCAUCCGUCUCUGAGCAGCGCCAACAAAUCCCCAUUGAACAAGGGCCCAAAGAUGUAGCCUACAAACCAAGUAGCUUUCAUAAUGCCGACUCUACCUUUGGAAGCUAUGCAGGUGUCUCUAGCAGUUACAAUGCUCAGGCUGAACAAGUCCCCAAUGUCCAGUGGCCAAGCGAAGCAUCCCAGACUGGCUAUGCCCCUAUUGUACAGAAACCUUCCCACUCUUCCCCUGGACAAGGCGGUCCUUACAGAACUGGUGGCUAUGUGAGUGACCCAAAGGUCAGCCCCCCUAGCCAAUCAAUCUUAUUUCCCAAGCCCACAAACUACCAGUCCUCUGGUCAUUCAGUUUCUGAGCAGCAGAACAAAGUCCCAAUCAAUCGGACUCUUAAGCCCAAAGACAUGACCUCCAGACCCAGUGUACAGCUUCCUGCAUCCAGUGGCUUUGGAGACUAUGAAGCUGCUUCUAGCAGUUUUGAUGCCCCUAAUGACAAAGUCCCAAAUGCCCAGCAGCCAAACAAAGUGUCACAAACUGGCUAUGUCUUCAGUGUACCAAGACCUGCCCCCUCCAACCCUUCUGGCCUAGAUAGACAAGGCUUCUCUAGUCAAUCCAUCUUAUUUACCAAGCUCACUAGCAAGCAGCCCUUGGGUCAAGGGAAGACUUCUCCCAUCUCUGAGCAACAGGUGAAUGUCCCCAUCAGCAAGAAGCCCAAAUAUGUGACCUCCAGACCCAGUGUUCAGCGUCCUGCAUCCAGUGGCUUUGGAGACUAUGAAGCUGCUUCUAGCAGUUUUGAUGCCCCUAAUGACAAAGUCCCAAAUGCCCAGCAGCCAAACAAAGUGUCACAAACUGGCUAUAUCUUCAGUGUACCAAGAACUGCCCCCUCCACCUCUUCUGGCCUAGAUAGACAAGGCUUCUCUAGUCAAUCCAUCUUAUUUACCAAGCUCACUAGCAAGCAGCCCUUGGGUCAAGGGAAGACUUCUCCCGUCUCUGAGCAACAGGUGAAUGUCCCCAUCAGCAAGAAGCCCAAAUAUGUGACCUCCAGACCCAGUGUUCAGCGUCCUGCAUCCAGUGGCUUUGAAAACUAUGAAGCUGCUUCUAGCAGUUUUGAUGCCCCUAAUGACAAAGUCCCCAAUGCCCAGCAGCCAAACAAAGUGUCACAAACUGGCUAUGUCUUCAGUGUACCAAGACCUGCCCCCUCCAACCCUUCUGGCCUAGAUAGACAAGGCUUCUCUAGUCAAUCCAUCUUAUUUACCAAGCUCACUAGCAAGCAGCCCUUGGGUCAAGGGGAAGACUUCUCCCGUCUCUGA